AUGGAGGAAGUGGCAAACACUUCCGCAGCAACGAUUAUGCUGAUGGGUGCGCCAACGCAGCACGACUUCAAAUGGACGCACGAGCGGUGCAUGCUGCUGCUGCACGAGUACGAUCUGCUGAAGGACAAGUUUAAGGAUCGCAAGCACAAGAAGAAGGACCUGUGGGCGGAGAUCAGCAUGAAGUUUAAGAAGAUCUACGCGUAUGAUCUCGAGUGGGACGUUGCGUACAAAAAGUUUCGGAAUCUCAAACAAACGUUCGAACAGGUGCGAGCGAAACUACAACAGCAAGCCAUUACCGGACAGUACAGCAAUCGUCCGAAAUGGCCGUAUUUUGAAAAAUUUCAACAAAUCCUCGACGAUCCCGUCGUGGCAUCGUACAGCUAUGCCGAUCAUCAUCAGCAGCAGCAGCAACAGAACCACCUGCUUCAUCACACCGACGAGCAAGAAGAUGAUCAUCAUCCUCAUCAUCAUCAUCAUCAUCAUCAUCAUCACAAGCACAUGCAUCCGCAUCUGGAUCCACCCACCGUCGGACAGGUGUUGGCCGGGGAAGAUUUUACGGACGCGCUCGUGACCGUUUUCCCGAUGGGCGAAGAGCUCGAAAUACCUGCCCAAUCUGCCGAGGACAGUGAGGACGAAGCGAAAGUGGACCAGAAGGAAAUGGUCGUCCAAGCGGUAGUUGACCAGGAGGCAGAUGCGGAAAAGGAGGAAGAACAGGACCACGUAGAAGAGGAUGUAGAGAAGGAGGACGAGGAAGCAAUUUUAGCACAGCAUGGUGAUGAUGAGCUGGAAGAAACGCCACACAGGAAGCGUUUCCGGCGGCUCAGCGUCUACGAACAGGAGCGGUUAAUGAUCGAGCGUGAAAAGUUGGUCACGCUGCGCGAGAUUCAGCGUGGCAUCGAGUGCAAAAACGAUAUACUGCGUGGCAUAUUGCACGUGCUGCAGUCCAGAGUAUGGCAGGCGCACCCGGCGAUGGAUUGA